AUGCCCAAGAAAAGGUCAUCCCCAUACUCACCAAUUAUGCAGAAAGUUGCAGGUCUGCUAAACAUGUCCCUUUUCCUAGCCAAGAUGAGGAGACCCAUCAUCGCAAGACUCAAACUUUCCUUGAAAAAUUCAAGGAAACUGAAGAGGAUAAAGCUCAACAAGCACUACAACUAUGGGUACAUUCAAGAAUAUGAGUAUUCACCUUCAAACACACCACUCAUUCAGCUCAAUUAUUACCCCAGGAUGUCACUAAAGAAGCAGGAUCCCAUGUUCUUCAUCUCAAGGUGUUUGGGUGGUCUGGUGAGAGGGGAAAGAGAAGACGAAAACCGCCCGGUUUUCGACUCGGGAUUAAUGGAGGCAUUGCCGGAUUCCGGUGGGGAUGAAGAUAACUCCAUUGAUGAGAGGGCAGAGGAGUUUAUUGAGAGGUUUUAUGAGGAGAUGAGAUUGCAGAGACAAGAAUCAGUUAUAAUGAAGCAGUUUGAUGCAAUGGUGGAUGCUUGA